AUGCAAGAAAGCUUCAAUUUAUUAAAUCUCAGUCCAGAUGAUCUAACUUUAUCCUUACAAGAUCUUCAACCAAUUUUUUCGAAAAUGCUAAUAGAAGGCCCAGGAAUCCUUCAUGAAUUUGUUACCAAACUUAAUAAUCAGCACUAUGCUUUAAUGUCUCAAUUUAUGACUGUUUUUUACGAAACAAUGAGAAAUUCAAAACAAUUUCAGCAGCAGCUAUUUAUUGAAAUAGAAUCUUUUUGCCUCUUUUCUCAAAUUUUAUUGAAUAAAUUGAUAGAAAUUUUUCCAAAUUUAUAUAUAGAAUUUGAGAAAAGAUUAUUUGAGUUCUUAAAUGGUCCAUCAACUAUUAUAAGCAAUUUUGCGCUUACUAUUUUGAUGCAAGCUUUAGCAAUACUUGAAGAGGAAAGGGUUUCUGCAAUUAUCUUAUCAAUUUGAAAUGAAGUUAAAGAGAUGCAAUCUUAUGAUCACAUAGGAGUGACAAGAUAUCUAAGGCUGAUUGCUUUCAGCCAAGUUGAGCUAAAAGAAAAAAUUUUGGGAGAAAUUCGGCUACAAAAUUGAAAAUUAGCUAUUUUGCUUGCUUGCAAUAUUGGGGAAAAUGGAGAACUCAGCUAUCAAGUGAGAGAUUUGAUUAAUGAAGAAUCACCUUCUGAAUUGCACAUUAUUUAUUGCACAUUACUUGGAAACAGCUAUGAUGAGCUUGCUGUUGAGCUUUUUAAAGUGUUUGUUUCAAAAAUAUGAGUAACUAGCUCUCAUAAAGAAUUAACUGAAAUGGAUUGUUGUGCAAUAAUUAAAUACUGCCAAUUAAGUGCAUUACAGAGUUCUCUUACUAGUCCAUCAAGUAGUGAAUAUUUCUUGUUAAUAGCUUAAGACUCUAAAAUUUUAAUAUACAUUUUUAUAUUUUUUUAAAUAGAUUGUGUAAAUUUUUUUCUGUGGAGGAUGUGAGGCGAAAUAAUAUCAAAAUUAUUUAUCAUAAUAAAUUUUAUUUGAAAGAAUCAUUCUUAAAAUUAAUUUUUAUUUACAAUUUUGAAAAUUAAUCAGAUUUUUUAUUUUAUUAAUAAAAGGCUUAGCGAUUUUGAAGUUUUGAAGGCAGUAUUUGCCACUCUAAAUCUAUGCAUCACAAAUCUAGCUAAAUUCAAGAGUAAAGAAUUUCUGAAUUCUAUUAUUUUAGCUUUGGAAAAUCUAAGCAGUGCAAGCAUUCUCGAAAAAUAUCAGCCGAAAUUUAAAGGUGAAUUUGGAAAACUAAUUCAAGCAUUGAUUAAGGAAACUUGUCCAAUCCUAAGUUCACAUCUAAUAAUUAGUCUCGAAAAAAUGCAAAAUUGAGGAUUUUCAAGAGAAUACCAAAGAAAUCCCAUAAUUCUCCAGAGGAAUGAACUUUUGCAAAUAUCAGAAAAUUUAGUUGAGAUGCAUAAAAAAAGUGAAAAUCAAUAUUUUUCUCCAAUUAUAGAACUGCAAAAGCUUCUUGGUCUGCCCUUAUUGAGCGAACUAGAACGAAAUAAUAGUUUUUUCUUAGCAGAAGCCGUCGAAAAAAUAGCGCAAAAGAUUCGAGAAAACUCUGAAAGCAUAAACUCUUUUUAA